AUGGAGCAUCUGUCUAUGCACCUAGGUGAUGAAGCAUUGGUGGCUGGAGCGAUUCAAUUUCGAUGGAUGUAUCCAAUUGAGAGAUAUCUUCUUACUUUAAAGCAAUAUGUACGUAAUCGGGCUCAUCCAGAAGGUUCAAUGGCUAAAGGUUAUCUCGUGGAAGAAUGCAUGAAUUUUUGUGCUCAAUAUCUGAAUGAUGUGGAAACUAAAUUGAAUUGGCCUGUAAGGAACUACAAUAGUGCGGCGAAUAUGGGUCGUGCUGUUGGUGAAACCACAACUUUCAACCUUGGUCAUACUUCUUAUGUACAGUGUCAUCGAUAUAUCUUGUUCAAUACAAAAGCAGUUGAACCAUUCCUAAAGAAACACCUUGAAGAACUUAGGAUGAAAAUGCCUCGUGCUGAUGAUCAUCAACUCCGAAAUGAACAUUUCAGAACUUUUCACACUUGGCUUAAAGAACACGUUCACACUUUGCGAAGGACUGAUAAUACCAUAUUUUCUGAAGAGAUUCAAACAUUGGCAAAUGGUCCUCAUAACGAAGCAAGAAGGUUUACCGGUUACAUAACUAAUGGGUUCCGUUUUCGGGUCAAGUCUAUGGAUGACCGUCGAGCCAGUCAAAAUUCUGGUGUAGCUUUGAAAGCAGAUACUAUUAGUUAUGCAAGCCGGGAGGACAAAAAUCCUCGUGUGGGGGCUGUGUACUAUUGUGGACAAGUGAUAGAUAUCAUUGAAAUCCAGUACACCAAUGCAAUGAAGUAUGUAUUGUUCAAGUGUGAUAGGAUUGACAAUGUUCGGGGGAAGAAAGAAGAUAAUUUCAAGUUCACGCUGAUUAACUUUAACCAUUUGUUGUAUCGAGAUGAUCAAAUCACCAAUGAACCUUUCAUCUUGGUAUCCCAAGCUAAGCAACUUUGGUAUGUUGCAGACCCUAUAGAAUCAGAUUGGCAAGUGGUUGUGAAGAUGUCUCAAAGGGGUUUAUUUGAUAUGUAUUCUGCUGAUCUAGAAACUGAGCCAUAUAUGAGUCAACAAUUAGAAGAAAAUAUAAUGGUCCGUGAUGAAGAAGUUGGCUGGGUGAGGGAAGUCGUAGAAGGAGAAACUAUUGAUGUUGAAAUGAGAGAGAAUUAA